AUUCGAAGAAUGAAAUCUAAAACUCACUUUUAACACCCCUUCCGUCAGCGAUCCUGCAAAAGUUUCCAUCAACCUUUAACUUGAGGUCACUCUGUGCCAUUGCCUUCUCAACAAUUACCUAACACAUAUCAAUGGCUGUCAUAACAGAGGAACAAGACCCGCCAAAGCCAUCAAACAACACAACGCACAAACCCACCUCAUCAUCAACCUUGACUCCGCCCACCACCACCAGCAGCGACACAACAAAUCCAUUUCGUUUCUGGUUUUACUUUACUAUUAUAGUGUCUCUCAUCACUCUUCUCUUCGUUUCUCUCUCCUCUCUCACGCCUCAGGACCCCAAAACCUGGUUUCUUUCCCUACCCACCAAUCUCCGCCACCAUUACUCCAAAGGUCGAACCAUCAAGGUCCAAAUCGCCCCAAGCAAACCCCAAGUUGAAGUGUUUUCAAUCCAAGAAGGUCCAAUUAAUUCUGACAAUGUACUGAUUGUACAUGGGUUAGGUUGUAGUUCUUUUGCGUUCCAGAAAAUGGUCAAUAUUUUGGGUUCCAAAGGUGUUCAUGCGGUUGCAAUUGAUCUGCCCGGUUCUGGGUUUUCCGACAAAUCGAUGGUAACAACAGAAGAGAACUGGGGUGGUGGGGUUUUUGGGAGGGUUUGGGAUAUGUAUAGUGAUAUUAAGGAAAAAGGUAUUUUUUGGGGAUUUGAUCAGUUGAUUGAACAAGGGUAUGUGAAUUAUGAGGAAAAUAAGGUUCGGGUUUCGAAAAGAGAGAGUGUUAAGGCAAUUGAAUUGGGUCUUGAAGAAAUGGGGAGGGUUUUGGGGCAAGUUAUUGAGGCAAUGGGACUGGCACCUGUUGAUUUGGUGUUGCACGAUUCAGCAUUGGUUUUGAGUGCCAAUUGGAUUUCGGACAAUUCAGGGUUGGUCAGGAGUGUAAUGCUUCUUGAUAGCGCUUCGAAUGGCACAGUGUUGCCUUUAUGGGUAUUGGAAAUUCCAGUUGUAAGGGAGGUUGCUUUAGGGUUUAAGUUUGUGUUUCGGAAGGUCAUUGAGAUGUGUUGUAUGAAAUCGGUUGGUGGUUCGGAUGUUGAGGCUCAUAGGGUUCUUUUGAACGCUAGGGAUGGGAGGAAAGCAGUUGUUGGAAUGGGGAAGAAACUAAAUUAUAGUUUUGAUUUGGCAGAAUGGGGUGCUUUGGAUGGUGUGAAAGAUUUGCCAAUGCAAGUUAUCUGGUCGAACAGCUGGUCCAAAGAAUGGAAUGAGGAGGGAGGUCGAGUUGCCAAGGCACUUCCUCAGGCAACUUUCGUCACACAUUCUGACGGCCGAUGGCCCCAGGAACAUACAUCUGAUGAGCUGGCUGAAAGUAUUUAUCGGUUUCUGUCCUCAUUACCUAAACCCAGCAGACAAGCUGAGGAAGAGUCUAUACCCGAGCAUAUUCAGAUGAUGUUUGAUGAAGCAAAAAGCAUUGACCACCAACACCACCAUCAACAUGGUCAUGGUGGCCAUGGCCACCAUGAUGGUCAUGACCACGGUCAUGAACAUGCCACUGGAUAUAUGGAUGCAUAUGGGCUUGGUCAUGGAUGGGCGAGUUGAUCUAUUUUUCUUUUCCCCCCCCUCCUCCGGUUUGGUUGUUUCCAUGGUAUCUUUUUGUGUAAUGAAGAUGCUUAGUUUUGUUUCCCUAACACUAAUUGUUGUAUGAGGUUCUUCUGCCUGGAAGCUACAUAUGUAUCUGAAGUUUGAUGUUGUAACAUGGCAGCUCUCUUUGUAAGAAGACCAAUAUGUAUCUUGAAGUUUUGCUAUGUAUGGCACUGGUUUUGAAUUUUAGUGCAUUUGAAUUUACC